AUGUGUCAGUGGAAGGAGCAAGAUAAAAUAUUUGAACGCGAACAAGUGUUCCUACUAAGCGACGAUGGGAAUUUUAUUCAACUAUCACAAAUUGGAUCAGGCGCAUUUGGUUCCGUAUAUCAAGUUCAUAAUGUUAAUGAUAAAUCUAAUUAUGCUGUGAAAAUUAUUAACACAAACGAUUUCUCUGAUGAGGAAAUAGCAAGAACAUUUAAUGAAGCAAAGAAUUUAGCUAAAGUUAACUCAAUAUAUAGUGUCAAAUAUUACGACUCAUGGCCUGAAGGGGACUCGUAUUACAUACAAAUGGAGUUGUGUUCCGAUAGUCUGAAGAAUAUUCUUCAACACAAACCGCAAGAAUUUAAUCGACAAUUUGGUGAACCAAUGAAUUGUUACGAGUAUUUCAUUUCGUGUGAAAUAUUCCGAGAGAUCUUAGAAUGUGUUCAGUAUUUGCAUGAAUUGAAUCCACAGAUCAUUCACAGAGACCUCAAACCCGACAAUAUUUUGAUUGAUAGAAACGGACGGAACGGUAGAUUUGUUAAAUUAUGUGACUUUGGAUUGGCUACUGUUCACCAAAAAAGCAUUCAUUUAUUUACAUCUAACAAACACACAUCAGGUGUGGGAACCCUAGGAUACACAGCCCCUGAAGUACUUUUGAGUAAAACAUAUGACCAUAAAUGCGAUAUUUAUAGUGUGGCUAUAAUUGGUGAAAAUAUAUUUGAGUUUGAUUUGUCUAAAUUAGAU